UUAGUAAUUCACAUUACAGGCACAGCCCCAAGUAACAAAUCUCAAAAGAAAAAAAAUGGCUCCUCGUGUGAUCUUCGUACUCCUCUCUCUUGUUUUUCUCUACCUUGCAAACACAUCACACUCGUUCGAAAAGUUUCAAUCAAUUCUACAUCCUAUUUAUAGAGACAUGGCCACAAAUACCUACUCCAUCCCUUUGUCCAUCGGCCCGAGUGAAGACUUCAGCAAAGAAUUCGUCCUUGACCUCAACGGAGUAGGACCGUUAUUGCAAAACUGCGCCACAGCCACCAAAUCCUCCUCCUUCCACACCAUCAGGUGCGGCUCCACGAGAUGCACCUACGCAAACCCCAAUUUCUCCUGUGCCAACAACACCACCACUAAGACGAAGACCCCUUGUCGCUCCUCCGACAAUGCCCGGCUCUUCCGAGAUACCGUUAUGUUAUUUUACACAAACAAUGGAGUAUACACUAGGGACAGUGAAAAGAGCUUCUCGCUGACUUUAACCUGCACUGAUAGUGCUCCUUUGAAAGGAACCAUCGGUCUCGCUAACACUCACUUGUCGAUUCCCUCGCAGCUAGUCUCCAUGUACAAGCUUCCUCCAAAGAUGGCUCUUUGUUUGCCCUCCAUCAAAGAUUCUGGUGACCUUUGGAUCGGUAAAGGGGAAUAUUAUUAUCUGCCUUACUUAAAAGAUAUUUCUACGAUCUUUGCCUCCACGCCUCUGAUUGGUAAUGAAAAGUCCGGUGAGUACUUGAUCGAUGUGAAGUCCAUACAAAUCGGUGGAAAGACCGUUCCAAUACUUCAUGGAGCCACGAAGAUCUCCACUUUGGCUCCUUACACCGUAUUGGAAACUUCCAUCUACAAGGCUCUUCUCACAGCCUUCUCCGGAAACGCCAAGAUGGCUAAAGCUCCAGCCGUGAAGCCUUUCGGUGCGUGCUUCCGCUCAAAUGGAGGACGUGGAGUUCCUUUGAUCGAUCUGGUGCUUAGGGGAGGAGCUAAGUGGAGGAUCUACGGUUCGAAUUCGCUGGUGAAGGUGAAUAAAAACGUUGUUUGUUUAGGGUUUGUGGACGGAGGUGUGAAUCCGAAGAACCCUAUAGUGAUUGGCGGAUUUCAGAUGGAAGAUAAUUUGGUGGAGUUCGAUCUCAAAGCUUCCAAAUUUUCUUUCUCUUCUUCUCUUUUGCUUCACAACACUUCUUGCGCAGUACAAAGGUUAUCUCCUAAUUAAUAAUGCACGUGGCUGAAUAUCGAUGUUGCUUUCAAAUAAAAUAAUAAAUAAAGCCAACGAACGAGAUAUAGUUGAACUUGAA